UGGAGGAAGUUUAUUUUGAGCUACUGAAAUGUAACUCGGGCUCAAGGUUAAUUAGAACGAACGAAGAAGAGAACUCACAAUCGGUUUUAAGAUUUCAUUUGAUAUUAAAAACGAUAUGUAAAAGAAACGUAUGUAUGUUCGAGACUGUUAUUUCCGGAAGCUUUUCAAUCUGCAUGUAAGUUAGUAUGAAACAUACUGCUGACCUAUCUUUUCAUCCAUUCAAACAGUCUUACUCACGGACCACCCUUAUGUACGUUUGUGCCCGGGGUCUCAAGCAGCGCGUGACCCGUGGAUGACGCCGGCGCGUGUAACAAAGAAAAGAACGAAACCUCGGCUCGAACAAAACCCAAGAGAGCAAAGAGACACAAUAGAGGGCCAAGAGAGAGGGUGGAUGUCUUCGGGUGCAGCGGCAGCCAGAGAACAUAAUAAAAGGAAAAAGGACGAAUGAUGAUACACGUGUCGUCGGAGAACGCUCAACGAUACGAUCGUGUCAAGCGUAAGAGCGUAGCGUUUCUCUCGAACUUUUUUAAGUCGAAAAAGUUGACGUUAGGAAUGAAGAUCAACGAGGAGGAGGAAAUGGAACGGGCCCCCAAAGUCGAGCAACCCGCGAUCAUCACGAACACUUGCAGGCGCAGCGGUAGCGAGAAUGACAAUCAGGUAUCGAGAAUUCCGUCGACCUUGAGCGUGGCAGCCGUCGAUGUGGUCGUCGCCUGUCAGCCGUCGCCAUCACAUUCCGUGUUAACCUUGACACCUGGUAGAACACGGAACAUUGAUCAGGAUAUGGAGGCACUUAGACUCAGUCGACAGGAUAAUCCUUUCCUGCAGGUGCUGGCCAGUCGCGAGAGCCUCGUGGAAUCCAUAGAGGAGUCCGAGUCGGACGACGCCAUACUCAUGUCUCACGAGUUGGGCGACGCGGAUCCGUUGACACUGGCACAAGUGCACGAGCAUUUAGUACGCAGCCCGCCGCCAGCGUCGUGGCCGCACACCACAACCUUCCAUUUCCCUCAUCAGAAUCAGAACACGAACACGAACGGGAACGGGAAGAACGACUCGUCGACGCGUUGCAAAAGCCCAACGAAGACGCCGUCGUACAGGGGCAACGAUCACGAGCUUUCUAGAAGCGAACCAUCCACGGAUAUCAGAGAUCGCCACUCGCACACGUUCUCGUUAUUGCAUCCGACGCCGAUUCGCUCGCUGUCGGACGUGCGACGGCUUCACAGAUCGGCGGACGACAGUGUGCAGCUGAUGUCGAGCGAGUAACACGCUCGAUCGUUCCGGUCCGCGACCGGGCCGAGAUGGUUUUACACAUUCAGUACGGGGAAGCGUGCUUCGUCGGUGCAAUGUUCCCGAGGAGUACGUCCGCGCAACGAGGAUACUCGAACCGUUCCUCGGCGAGUUGACGCGAUCGAGGUCCGUCGUGUCGAUUUCUCGGGUGGAUCUCUAUCCGCUACAUCGAGAGCCAAUUGUAUCCGCGAGUGGCGUUGACAUUGUCGCGCAGGUUGGUUUCUGUGCAGAGCAAACUCGACACCGUCGGGAGUCGUUCGAAAGAAUUUCGAAGAUUUUUACGUUUCGAGGGAUCGCGAGUCGCACGUAAUCGGAGAAACAAAAUUUUUCGAUUGUUUUUCCAGCCCCCAUAACUCGGGGCUUAUCGGUACCGUGAAAUCAAAACAGCAAAACGAGAGUUGAAACCGUGAGGGAAGAGUAUUUUUAGAUAAUCCCGAGAACCCUUUGUCCCGAAUCGCGCACGCAACGACAAGCAAAGGAAAGCGGCAUCUGUGUUGUCGGGCUGACGUUUCGGGAGUCUCGACGCCAUAGGAUGGGCUAUCGUUUCAAGCACAAAGAUUAGUAAUAACUAUUGUUUACUAAUUGAGAGUAAUCGUUUUAUACACCGGGUGUGCCCCUUUUUCCGCGCGUGCAUCGUAAAUCGUGCACUGGGCGAAAAGUAACGAGACGAUCGAAACGGCGAGGAGCGGAACUACGCUCGCUCAUCGAUUUCAACGUGUUCGACUGCAAUGGGAAUUCGAGAAAUACGGUAACUUGUUCUGUAAGUCGGGGAAUUUAUAUGCUGCCAGAGUGUAUAAUACUUUUGAGCGACGGAGAGCAAAUUUUUCAGCUCUUUCGUCGUCUUUCCCUUCGAGCAACAUUUAUUGAGGUUAUAAUCUGUUAAAUCGAAAAGUUUCUAGAUUUAUUUCUAGAUUUAUUUCUAGUAAUUAUUUCUAGAUUUCUUAAAACCAGUUUGCAAGUCGAUGGGCGAGCGUGACGCGUACAAUUUCGUCCGCAAGUUGAAGUUUGCUUUAUUUGCAAAAAAAACAACGGCCUGACGCAGUUACCGACCGGGCCUAGCAACAAUAAUUACCGAUCGAUGCUCGACCGUGCAGGCAGACGAGCCUGCGUUCGAUCGAAUACUAUUGUCUUUAUUGUUAAUCGGAUCGAGAAAUUACAACAAUAUUCCUGAAUGCCCCGUCGAAGUAAUAAAGGGGAAAAUCGUGCGCGCGUGUUUACAGUCAAUUUGUGCAUACAAAUACGCGUGCUCGUUUCUAACGAGGUUGACUCACGAAAGUAACGAUGGAUGGGAAUAAAGUGGUGCUGUACCUCUUGCAAUAAUUACACUGCUAGUCACGGACGUUUGAUUUGUUAUCGAACGAUCGAAUAUUAUCUAUACACUUGGAACAAAAGCUUUUCUUUUUAAUUCUUCGAUCUUUGUUCCCUUUGCAAUUAACGAUACGUCGCGUAAAACGAGGUUCCACCGAUUUUCAUUCGUAAAAAGAUGGGAAGUUUAAUGGUACUUAACGGGAAAAGACAAGGUUAAACUUCGUUUUAGGGGAUUAUUAUAUUCAGUUUGUUACGUUCGGUUCCAAUUAAGAAGUUACGUAAUUUGUUCUAGAUAUUAGGUUAUACAACCUCAUUAUAAUUAGUUUCCACACCGUAACUAUUAAUUUAAUUUAAUUUAUGGCUCUGUUUGCGUUUCGAAGUUUUAACAUAACAGGUGCCACUUUGUACCUGCACUCGAUAAACGUCGAUACACACGACGCUUAAACAUCGACGUUACGUCUCGUUUGUGACUCGAUCAGUUGGUACCACCGAAUUAGUUGUACUUAAGAAGCACAACGUGUUCUUAUUUCCUUUUUUUCCAUAACGAUAUGAUGCCGUACCACGAAGAUUUUUCACGCGUUGUUUGCGCAAGAAAACGAUCGGAAAGAACAGAGAAUCAUCUUUUGCUUCGAUCAAACAAUACGUACGAUAUUUCGAGCGUCCUUAUAGAAAAUUAUCUUGCAAUUAACGUGGAAAGAUUUGCAAUUAUAUCGUCGGCGAUAACCCGACUGUAUCGUGAAAGUAAUUAAGUAUUACGCGUCUUUGUUUAAAGUAUUAUUUCACGAAAUAGUGACACGACUGCGUUAACUGUAUCGAGCAAGUUUAACGAGCUUACAUUGUUGUUGUUAUUGUUGUUGUUAGGUAUUUAUUCUGCACAAAUCAUUUUCGCGUAUCGGAAUAUUUCUUUCGUAACCAUUCGUUUUCACUGUAAAGACAUGUUUUCGCGUGGCAGUAAACUGUCAUCAAAAUGCAGCGGUUUUGAAAUUAUUUAUAUGCAGUUACACAGGGUGUUCAAUCAACCAUGGGAUAAAUUUUAACGGGAGAUUCUUGGGGCCAAAAUAAGUCGAAAGUCAAGAAUACC